CCUUUACUCCGCCAGCAUUGCGGUGAUCGCUAUUCCCGCCGUCAACGCUGUAGGCAACGACGACGACGACAACCUGAAUAUCUGUGGUUGACAUCAUUUUUUUCUUCUGCGCAGUUAAAACGCCAGAACGAGGAUUUGUCGUCUCCCUGCUGCCAUUGGCCCUUGUCUAGCAGCAUGGCCGACCGCGAGGGAUCUCCCAUUUCUCAGCUCCUCAACACUCUCGGCAUCACGCGUGAGGAGCUGCACAAACGUAGCGACCAGAUGCGCCAAUUUCUCACCGCCGACAGUACCUACUCUUCACGCGUUUCUGACCGUGAUUCGUCGUCCAAGUCAAGUUCGGCCUCCCUGUUGCGCUCAACAUCGCUCUCGACGAUGUCGGCGUCGACCUCGGCGCGUUCUUUCUCCCGAGCAAGCUCCAGUUCCAUGAUGGACGCGUCGCCGCCCCCUUCGACGCCCAUUAAAUCCGAGCCAGUUGAUGGUCCUUUGCCUCAGCGUCAUCAUGACACCAUGGAAGAGGUCAUUGAACGACAACGCCUAGCCAGGAAAGAGCGCAGGGAUAAGAAAGGACGGCGGGGCAAGGAGAGGGAAUUUAAGACCCCCCGGUCGCCAUCGCCCAGCGCGUCGCAGUCGAGCGCUGGUCUUGGGACAUCGAUUAGUUCGCGCGACGAGCGCGUUGAUGGCAGCGUUCGGUCCAGUUCAUCUGUAGCAGAGGGCCGUGAGGAGGGGAGACCGUCGCCGCCGCCCUUGACGCCACAACAGAGCAAGUACUAUCGAGCUCAUACGGCCUCGCAGUCAUACAGUAGUCUGGUUAAGGUCAAUCCAAAACAGGAAUCACCCACGCCUACCCGCCCACAAUCGGUACCCGUGUCUCAGUCGGGUCUUCACUACUAUUAUGCUCCGUAUCCCCUACCAGUCCUGUAUACUUCAGCGCCUGCUGAGGGCGAGGCAUCUGCUGCUGCUGAACUUGCUACACCUACUCCAACACGUAUCAUUAAAGCACCUCCGUCAAAACCUUCGCCCUUACCACCAUCUUCUCCUCCACCAUCGUCUCCCGUGUCAUCUCCAAGUAAACCAAUAGUCAACCUCGUCUCGUCUCCCGGGCCUAUGGGACCACUGCCCGUAGAGGAUGAAUACGACGGGCUACCCUACAGUCUGCCUGCUGGCCCUUAUUCUCCCAACAAACCAGAUUGCUCUUAUGCGGCUCUUCUCGGCCAGGCAAUCCUUUCGUCGCCCGAGCAUAGGCUAACUCUCCAGGAAAUAUAUGACUGGAUAACCAUAGUAUACCCCUACUUUAAGCGUGGGGAAACGACAUGGAUGAACAGCAUUAGACAUGUUCUUAGCACCACUGUGUGUUUCCGUAAAGUCACCAGGGACCGUUCUCUUGGUAGGACCCUGUGGGCCAUCUGGGAUGAGGACCUCGAGUGUUUCAAGGGUGGAGGAUUCAGAAAACAGCUAUGCAGUGAUAUCAAGGCCAAAGACAAGCCCAAUGCAAACGGCGGGACUAAGCGGUCCAGAAAAGCUUCCGAAGGAGAUGGCGCUCCAAAGAACAAGAAGGCGAAAAAAGAAAAGGAAAAAGAAAAAGAAAAGAUUGCACCACCGCCUGUUCUCUCCGCGCCAUUGCUCCCGCUUUUCCCUCCGUCUCGUCCAACCCCGCAUCAUCAGCCAUAUUACGAGAGCUGCAUCCCGAAGACCCUACCCUCGGAAAUCAUAUUCCCGCCUUUACCGUCAACCUCUGGUUACCGACAACUUGCCGACAGCAAAGCAGCAGCAGCACAAACCUCAUCAGCCGUGGCUUCUAGUAGUGAGCCUUCGCAAACUAGUGGCGACAAUGGCGAAUUGGAUUCUUCCCCUUCUGGGGAAGACAAACUUACACCACCUCACCCAACGUCGUCUUCUGCUUCUGUUUCUUCUGUUCCGAGUUCCUUGCCUGAACUUACUCCAAACGAUAGCUCGUCGAGUCCUCCAGUUUCUUCGAGCGACAUGGAUGUCGACGCGGAAGCCAAUCUGAGUGCUGCACCCGUUUCUAUUUCUGGCGUGGAUACAGACGAGGAUGACGGAGACGUUGAACAAGAUGUUUUCACGAUGCAGCUGAAGCCAGUACGAUUCUGGGAUUCUGACAAGCAGGGUGGUACUCUUCAACCAGGAAUACAGUUGAAGUAUAAUGUGCCGGAUCCUGUGUUGGCGACAGAUGACGAGGAUGACGAGCCUGCUGUGAAAGCAACAAAGGUUAAGAAGCAAAAGAGAAUAAAGGACAUCCCAGCUUCUCCUACUCUUGGCCUACGGUCCAACCCGUUGAAAGCAACAAAAGCUGCAAAAAAUAAAUCUAGAUUGGUCUCUCCACCACCCAUCACCGAAGGUCCCUCCACACCGACGAGAAAGUCUACUUUCGGUCCGUCGUUCUUGUCACCCAUCCACACUCCGCUUUCACACAGGGGACUGCACAUGAGUCCUUCGGCGAGCCUCGCACAUUACAAGUCAAAUCUUGACCCUCCACCGUUUGUGUCAUAUGCAGAGAAAACGGGGGAUAACGAAGAGGCUGACGAAGACGGCGACAACGAUCUUAUGCGUACUCCGUCAAAGACACGUUCUGCUGCUACUUCAUCUGCGUUACCCGUGACUCCUAGGAGGUUGUUUUCUUUGGGUGACUCUCCGUUCCGGACCCCGGUUGGAAAGUCAUCGUUUCGCAGCAUUUACGAUCCACACGACCCGACGUCGCUGUUGGACGAUGAGCUGCAUCGGAUGGGUGCUGCUGGUCAUGGAGAUAGCCCGGCAGGGUUGUUUGGCAAGUCGCGGGCGUCUUUGCUUUAUGAUAGCCCAGGGAAUGUCAUGGGUGGCAGCCCAGAUAAGUGGCAGAGAUGGUGGUAAAUUCGAACUUGACUGUUUUUAUAUUUUAAUGUGUAUGCCUGCGGACAUGCCAUGUUGGUAUGGACGAUCGUCGAUAUAUAUAUGAUAUUUGAUUUUCUGUUGCCUGCUGAUAUUUUCUCUUCUUCUCUGUUCUACCUCUCUAUCGUCGUUACUACCAUGUCAUAUUUGUUGUACAUUUAGCUAUCAAUCUGCAUCUAUAUAGUACUUACCAUCCAUCAAGCGUGCUUCGCGCUGUCGGCUUUAGUCGGUGCUUGACGCGUGACGUCAUUUAUCGGACUUCCGUUAUCAGCCGCUACAUGUCCGAUGUAAUUUUUUGGGGCACUGACUGGCGUGCUGGAU